GUCCGCCCAAGUUGGUUUUUUGGCACUAGCACGUACGGACCAUCACACGGGGAAUAAGGGCACAGUGGCACCAUUUCUUGCGGAAGCGGCCACACAUCAAAGUGCUCGUCUUUUUGUCGGGGUGUGCUGCGCUGACAAUAGCGAGGGGCGCAAACACCGUCGCAACAAUCCAAGAGAUCAGAUAACUCAUGCGAGAGAGUGGCCAACGAUGUACCAGAGAUGUGCUUCAAAGCCGAAUCAGCAGCAUUGAGACGACGAAGAUGUGUGAGCAUAGUGGCUUACUCGUGGAUGGCUGCGGCCAUCCAGCGACCUUCCUCAAAUAGUGAAUUGCAUCAUUGAGCGUCGGCAUCGGGGCUCCCGAAGCUCGACUGAUCAGACUGCGAAUGACCUGCACCUCAUCCGCGAGGCAAGCUGGAAUAGGCGAGCGGGAGGCAGAAGUGCGAUCCAAAACACCAACAGCUUCCUCCAGGGCAGCAGAACAUUUGCAAUGAACCACAAGGUGGCCCCGCCGAACAGCAAACGCAUGCUGCAUAAUCCCACACCAAAGAUAAGACAAACAAAGCCCGAGCGUGGGCAAGUAUCAGAGGCUGCACACAGCACGUAAUACAAGUGAAACAAAUAUGACCGUAGCAGCAAAUUGGUCGAGAGAUCGGGACCACCAGGGGGUUGAAUGAGGGGGAGGAGGAGGAGGGGGGGAGGAGGAGGAGAAACAAAAGAAGCAGCACAAGAAGGAGGAGGAGGGCGAGGGCGUGCACGGCAGGAGGGGGAAGAGGAGGAGGAGGCGGAGGCGGGCUCGAAUGAGAGCACCGCUGCUGUCCAGCAGAGCAGCGGCUCGACUCUCAGAAUCCGCAGGCCCGAAUUGACAUACUCAGGCAGCGCAGUGAAACAAUCAGCAGCCCCAGAACGUGCCACUCGCUGCGCAGGAGCAGAUCUACAGUGUCCGCGCGCCCGAUCGCAUCGCCCCCUGGCGCAAGUCGUGCGCUGGUGGAGAGGCAGCGCGUGCAGCACAUGCAGAAAACAUCGAAGGCACACAUCGGAGGGCUGACACAGAAUCCGUGGCACGCCAGUCACGCGAACCCAUCAACGAGCUGCUCCCGGAGACGUGCAGGGCCCUUGCGCGAGAGAAGCGCGAAAAGCACGCACAGCUUGCAGAGCGGACAUCGUGUCAUCUCCUCCUCCUCCUCCAUCUGCUCCUCCUCU